AUGACCUUACCUGACUGUAUAAUCAUCGGUGGAGUCUCUGGAUGUGGAAAAACGACCGUUGGAAAAGCGUUGGCAGAAAAGUUGAAUUAUACCUUCAUUGAUGGAGAUGACUAUCAUUCUCAUGAGAACAAAGUUAAGAUGAGUCAGGGAAUAGGACUAAAUGGUGAGCUCCUGCCCCUACCCCUACCCCUACCCCUACCCCUACCCCUACCCCUACCCCUACCCCUACCCCUACCCCUACCCCUACCCCUACCCCUACCCCUACCCCUACCCCUACCCCUACCCCUACCCCUACCCCUACCCCUACCCCUACCCCUACCCCUACCCCUACCCCUACCCCUACCCCUACCCCUACCCCUACCCCUACCCCUACCCCUACCCCUACCCCUACCCCUACCCCUACCCCUACCCCUACCCCUACCCCUACCCCUACCCCUACCCCUACCCCUACCCCUACCCCUACCCCUACCCCUACCCCUACCCCUACCCCUACCCCUACCCCUACCCCUACCCCUACCCCUACCCCUACCCCUACCCCUACCCCUACCCCUACCCCUACCCCUACCCCUACCCCUACCCCUACUCCUACCCUUACCCCUACCCCUAUCCCUACUUCUUUCUACCCCUGCCUCAGUAGCAUUUUUACAAUCAAUGUUUAGACGAUGACCGAGCCCCUUGGCUAGAAAAACUAGCCCACAUAGCCGGCUCAACCCCUCGUACCAUACUCGGAUGUUCAUGCCUAAAGAAGAAGUACCGUGACUUGUUCAAGAAGUACAACAAGCAUCUAAUGAUCAUCAUAUUGGACGUAACGGCCGAACAUCUGGUUUCAAGAACGGCCAAACGGGUCGGUCACUAUGCAAAGCCAAACUUAUUGCACAGUCAGUUCAGUGAUUUGGAAAUGCCUGAAGGCGAAGAUGUAUAUGUAGUGGAUGGCAUGAUGACACCUGAUGAAAUUGCUCACAAAAUCAUCGAAAUUUUAGAAAAAUAA